AUGAAGCUCCUUUCUUCUCUAAGUGUUAUUCUUCUCUCCUCUGCCCCGCUGAGCUCAGCUUGGUUCGUCACAUUCUACAAUAACAAACAAUGCACCGGUUGGGCCCCUGGGUCAAUGGGUGACCAUAACAGAGGAACUAGCUGCCAAAAGCUUGAGGACAAUUGGUGGUCUGCCGACUUCAAGGCAGAGGGUGAAGACGUUGGGAUAAUUUUCUACAAAGAUAAGAACUGUGCAGGAGAGUAUCUCUUCCCAGGCGGUGGUGUUUCUAGUUGCACCAAACUCGAUGGCAUGUGGAGCUGGGCUGUCUUAAAACGAAAAUAA